AUGAGUGAAGGGGCGAGCGGUGCCUCCCCACCUGGUGCCGCUUCUGCCGCUGCUGCCACAGCGGCCACUGCCGCUGCCGCCGCCGAGGAAGGGGCAGCAGCGGCGGCGGGCGGGGGCCCGGACGGGGAAGGGGCGGCCGAGCCCCCCCGGGAGUUACGCUGUAGCAACUGCAUUGUAUGGAACCGGCAGCAGACUUGGCUUUGCGUGGUGCCCCUGUUCAUCGGCUUCAUCGGCCUGGGGCUCAGCCUCAUGCUCCUUAAAUGGAUCGUGGUGGGUUCUGUCAAGGAGUACGUGCCCACCGACUUGGUGGACUCCAAGGGGAUCGGCCAGGACCCCUUUUUCCUCUCCAAGCCCAGCUCUUUCCCCAAGGGCAUGGAGACCACCACGACCACGACCACCACAUCCACCUCCACCUCUACCCCGUCCUCCGGCACCGCCUCCUCCAGGACGCCCAACCGGAUUAGCACUCGUCUGACCACCAUCACGCGGGCACCCACUCGCUUCCCUGGGCACAGGGUGCCCAUCCGGGCCAGCCCCCGCUCCACAACGGUGCGGCACACCGCAGCCCCCCCGACAGUACUCUCCACCACGGUCCCCUUCUUCAGCAGCAGCACGCAGGGUUCCCGCCCACCCCUGCCAGGGGCCCCCAGUACCCAGCCAAUGCCCUCUUGGCCCACUGCGGCAUACGCUACCUCCUCCUACCUCCACGACUCAACUCCCUCCUGGACCCUGUCUCCCUUUCAGGAUUCUUCCUCCUCCUCCUCCUCCUCCUCCUCCUCUUCCUCUUCCUCCUCCUCUACCACCAACACACCAGAAACUAGCACCAGCCCCAAAUUUCAUACGACAACAUAUUCCACUGAACGAUCGGAGCACUUUAAGCCCUGCAAAGACAAGGAUCUUGCAUAUUGUCUGAAUGAAGGAGAAUGCUUUGUGAUUGAAACCUUGACGGGGUCACAUAAACACUGCCGGUGCAAAGAAGGCUACCAAGGAGUCCGCUGUGAUCAGUUUUUGCCGAAAACCGAUUCCAUCUUGUCGGAUCCAACAGACCACUUGGGGAUCGAAUUCAUGGAGAGUGAAGAAGUUUACCAAAGGCAGGUGCUUUCAAUUUCCUGUAUCAUCUUUGGUAUCAUCAUUGUGGGCAUGCUCUGUGCUGCAUUUUACUUCAAAAGCAAGAAACAAACUAAACAAAUCCAGGGGCAGCUGAAAGAAAUGCAGAGUGUUAAAAAGUACAGCCUCAAUGCCUCCAGCAUGAUGGUCAAGUCAGAAAACAUGGCACAGAGCAGAGGCCAGCAGCAAAAUUAUUCAAACACAGAAAGGCACCCGGGGCGCACAUUGGAGAAAAUGAUGGAAUCCAGUUUUACUGGCAACCAACCUUUUCAAGAAGCCCAUACUCCCAACAGAGGAAGCCAGUCCUUCAAACAUCACAGGGGUCUUUCUUCAUGCUGUAGCCCAGGGCAAAGGACUGGGAUGCUACAUCGGAAUGCUUUCAGAAGGACACCACCUUCUCCUCGGAGUCGACUCAAUGGGAUUGCAGGACCAGCAUAUCAACAACUGGAAGAGGCAAGGAUUGCAGAUCAAGACACAAUUCCUUGCCAAGGGUAUCCAUCCAAUGGAUUAAAAAUCCAACAAAAUACAACAAUAAAUAUGCAACUGCCUUCAAGAGAGACAAAACCCUAUUUUAAUAGCUUGGAUCAAAAGGACCUAGUGGGAUAUUCAUCCACAAGGGCCAGUUCUGUUCCCAUCAUCCCUUCAAUGGGCUUAGAGGAAGCCUGCAUGCAAAUGCCAGGUAUUUCUGACAUCACAAGCCUCAAAUGGUGCAAAAACUCCUGUUCUGCUGAACUUGUCAAUGUGAGUGGUCCAGUCAGCAAUUGUCUUAUAGUAGAACAACAAGAAGUAAAAAUAUUGCUAGAAACUGUCCAGGAGCAGAUCCGGAUUCUGACUGAUGCAAGAAGGUCAGAGGACUAUGAACUGGCCAGCGUUGAAACUGAGGACAGUGCAAGUGAAAACACAGCCUUUCUACCCAUGAGUCCUGUGGCCAAAUCAGAAAGAGAGGCACAAUUUGUCUUAAGAAAUGAAACACAAAGAGACUCAGCCUUGACCAAGUGA